CUUAAUUAGUGCGUCUAGUUUAGCCGGUUGGGUUGGUGGAUCGAUGGGUUUAACGAAUUGUGACUAAGAACGUUUGCCUUUUACCAAAGGAUCUUGUCCGAGUAAACGAAUGAGUCUUACCGCCUGAUUCUUCUUAUUCGUAUCUACUUAAUAUUUUCGUUAGUUGAUUCGAUUAACAAUUUUCCUGUUGCCGUUCAAGAGCCAUCAUUGACGACUCGUAGCCGCGCGCCUUUCGACUCGAGUCACCGUUCGUUCCCCCUUUAGUUUCUUCUUUGUUCUCGUCGACGCUCCAAAUGCUUCCAAAAUGUUUGCGUGCUGGCCAGCUUGAGUCGAUACUUCAGCAUCAACCGUUCUAAGUUCUAUCGAAUUUAAUCAGAUGAUAUUGAAUAACGGACAAUGAUACGGAUUUUUAAAAUGCGCUUACUCGACUUUCUUUUGCUUUUGGUGCAGUAUGCAUUUGCUAAGCAAAUCAAUCCACCGCUGCUGAAUCAACUUGACGUAAAUUACGAAAAUUAUGUUACAUCAAAUGCAACAGGAUGCUGCGGUUGCAGUUUCGAAGAUACAAAAUACAUGAAAGCAAUGUGCGGAGGCGAAUCUUCUUUCAUGACUUUAGUUGAAAAUCUGAUGAUGGCAAGAUGCGAUAUAUCUGAUCCUUGUCGUAGAUUAGGUAGAGAUGAUGUACAGAACGGAGAAUGGUACGACUUUAUCGUUGUUGGUGCUGGUGUAUCUGGUCCUAUUCUUGCUAGAAGAUUAAGCGACAAUACUUGGAAUAGAGUAUUACUGAUCGAAGCUGGUCCCGAAGAACCUACCAUGACAGCUAUUCCAGGAUUAGCCUGGAAUGCUCUCUAUUCGCAAUUAGAUUGGAAAUUUAAAACGGAACCGACAAAACCACAUCCAACAGCGUGUUUAGAAAAGGGUGGAGCAUGUAAUAUUCCUAGAGGAAGAAUGGUCUCAGGUACCAGUGGAAUGCACGGCAUGAUGUAUUAUCGUGGUCAUCCAGAGAUUUACAAUAAAUGGGCACGCGAGGGUAACGUAGGGUGGUCUUAUGACGAGAUCGAACACUUCUUCCAACUUGCAGAAAAUCCGGUUGAUCCAUCUAUGUUAAGUUCAUACACUCGUACUGUACCCGACGGUCCAGUGAAAAUUCAACAUUAUUCUCACAGACCAGAAUUUGUUAGUGUACUUUUAAGAGCAGCUAGUGAGUUAGGUCACAAAACGUCUAAAUUGAGAGAAUACACCCAAACUGGUUAUAUGGUAGCACCAAUGACAGUAGAUGAAGGUGUAAGAGCAACAACCUCUAGAGCUUAUCUAAGACCUGUACACGAUAGACAGAAUCUCAAAGUUCUUACCAAUGCUCGUGUAACGAGGAUUUUAAUCAACGAAUAUAAUAUGAAAGCAUAUGGAGUCGAACUGGUUGAUAAAUAUGGUCGCAGAAAAGUAGUCAAAUGUAACAAAGAAGUUAUUUUAACGGCUGGKGCCUUAGCAUCACCACAGAUUCUCUUAAAUUCUGGUAUCGGACCGAUAGAACAAUUAUCUAAAUUUGGCAUUAAAACAUAUAAGGAUCUACCAGUAGGACAAUACUUCAUCAAUCACGUUUCCGUUGCUGUACCAAUGUCUAUAAGGGAUACAUCGGUAGAAACUAUGACCAUGAAAUCAGUAAAUGAAUAUCUUGAAUUUAGAACCGGUGAACUAGCUAGUACUGGAUUAACUCAAGUCACUGCUUUCCUUGAAAGUAAUUUCACUGUUCCUGGUUUACCCGACUUGCAAGUAUUCUUCGACGGAUUCAGUUCGUAUUGCCCGAAAACAGGAUUGCCAAACGAAUGUACGGAUGGUACUGUAGGAACUUGUCCUGGUAGAAGAAAGAUUGUUGCUAGACCAACUGUCGUAAUUCCUGACAGUCGUGGUACAUUGGAAUUACGUAGUUCCAAUCCAUUAGAUUUACCUCUAUUAUAUCCUGAUUACCUUACUCAAGAAAAAGAUAUGAAAGUCUUGAUCGAAGGUAUAAAACAAGUACUUCAACUCAUAAACACUCCGACCAUGAAGAAAUGGGAUCUUAGAUUAGAAGAAUUGCAUACUCCUCUUUGUGCACAUUUGCACACUGGCUCUGACGCAUUUUGGGACUGUUACAUACGAGCAAAGACUAGUGCGGAAAAUCAUCAAGCUGGUACUUGCAAAAUGGGACCAGCUACCGACACAUUCGCUGUCGUUGAUCCGCAAUUACGUGUACAUGGUGUAUCUAACAUUCGUGUUGCCGAUCCUUCCAUUUUCCCACAUUUACCCAAUUGUAAUCCAAUUGCUGCUAUAAUGAUGGUAGCCGAAAAAGCAUCAAGUAUGAUUCUUAACUCGUGGCCUUAAUCAAACAAUGAAUACGAUGUUUUAUCAAAUUUCU